GUAGUCAAAAAACAGGCCAGGGUCAAAAACCAGGGGGUCAGUCCAACAAAGCAGAGGUACAGAUAUCCACAACAAGCAAAGAAGAGUCCAGGGAAGCAGGCAGUGGUCAAAACCAGGAAAUCCAAAAAACAAGGGCAAGGACUCAGGAACAAGGGCUCGGGAACAAGGGGGCUAGAACUAGGGGAAGGAAUAAAGGGCUCAGGAACAAAAACAGGACAAGACGAACUAGCAGCGUGCAACUGAAAAGGACAGGUAUAAAUACACAGGGGAAUGAGACAAACUAGGCGGGGCAUGGGAGUGAGGGCGGUCUAACAAAUAAACAUCAGAUGAGACACAUGAAAGGGUAAUAGGACAAUAACGAGGGAGAAACGAAAACGCGGACUGGAUUCACAAAGACACACAUCCGGACUAGGGAUUAGACAAUUUGCAGAGAAUCAGGAGAUGCAGAGAUACGGAGAGACAGUGUUGGUGCAGCACAAAUACUUCAUUUAUGGGGAGGAUCAGGGGGUCUCUCUACAAGCCCCUACUGAGCCCAAAGGGAAAGAAUUCAUCUGGGAGUGGACAUCUCAUGAUGGACGAUACACAAACGCUCGUAUAAUAACUAUGCAGUCCAAUGAAAAGUGUUCAUGGAACCUUAAUGGGGCGCAUAUUUCAAAACAAGGAAAGUACGACCUUUCUCUGAAACCAGAGGUAGAAAAUGCAGGAGUUUUUACUUUCAUUCAAACUAAACCAGAGAAAGUGCACUUGGCACAGAUUGAAGUGUUUGCUAUAGAAGUGAAACCAUCACACUGGCACACAGAACGUGAAGGAUCUGAUGUGACCAUGAGCUGUGAGCUAUCCCACCUUCCAGAUUCAGCUACACUGGCCUGGGAACGGGACAGAGAACCCACUGCUAACACAACGCUGAUCUACAACAACACUGCCCACAUCAUCAUCCACAGUGUUGACCAACACAGUGAGGGAACCUAUAACUGUACACUCCGACGGAACGGAGCGCUUAUUUUCAGCGUUCCCAAUGAACUUAAAGUCCUCAAGUCAACAUAUGACAUACGGCACACUCUGUACAGAGGGAGUCUGAACAGCAGUGAGGCGGUGCUAAUCAGCCAUUCUCUGAGCUCAUACACAAAAGCCUCCUGGUCUUGGGUGCCAGUGUCUGAGACACAAGCAAUCCAUGUGGCCUCAGCUGUUAAAAACGAGAAUGCUUCAAUUUCCACGAAGAUGGAUAAAGAGAGAUUCUCAUCUGAUGUCUAUGAUGGGUCUAAGUUUCCUCUGAAAAUCUCACCAGUGAAGUUUGGAGACAGUGGAAGCUACACCUGCUUUUAUGACAAUACCAGAAUGGCCACAAUAAAUCUGGUAACUAUUCAGGUCUCAGCAGAGCCCCCUGGUGGUCUGUCCAGGAAUCAGUCGGUUGUGCUGAACUGUGAGAUUUCGCAGGUGAUUGGCACUGUGACCCUGGCUUGGCUCCGGAUGAAGGGGGGCAGGGGGGAGCUCGUAAAACAGGAGGUCCUGACAAAGAGACCCCCAAAAACGAUGCUCAGCCUCACCCUGCCCAGCCUCACUGAAGACCAGCUACACUGGGCCUGUGUGGUGUUCACAGGGAGCGUGCUCAGAGCACAGGUCCCCCUGCACCUCACGCUGCCAAAAACGCCCAUCACUGACCCCGAAAAGUCAGAGGAAGAUGAUGGAAGGCGGCUGGUGAUCAUUUUGGCCUGUAGUGCCGCGGUGUGUGUUGGACUGUUGUUGUUGUUGUGUGGAGGACUGUUGUCUCGCCGUCUGAAAAGAGCAACAGCAGUUGGAGGGAACGGUGAUUCCAGUGCAGCUGACAACGUCUACAGUAACGUCGCAGAGAUACAGAACGAUCAAGCAAACCCAGGCACAGCCACAGAGGAGAAUGAGAGUGAAGAACUCCAGUACUUGGUAUUUUCCCAGACUGCUCCCAGUCACAAUCCGCACAGACAACGGCAGGAUCGGUCUGGACAAGAUGAAAAUGAUAAAGUGGUCUAUGCAAGCAUCUGCAAAACAUGAUAUGCUGCAAUCAAAUGGAUAAACAAAACAAGAUCUAGAUGUAGAUCAAGAUCUACAUUUCAAACUUGUCUGUACAGUGCAAUUCAAAUGGAGAUGGACGAAGACAAUAUACCGAUGUUUCCAUGACCUGUUAAUAUUUGAAUUUGCCACUGUUUCAUUCCUUCUGGUAAAAAAUAGAAGCUUUUGCCAGUGAAGCAUACAUUUGUUUUCUGGAAAAUAUGAAUGUCAUUGUGAUUUUAUUCUGGUUGUUUUCUUUAAUAAGAUAGAUAAUAGAUAUAUAUUUUUUUAAAUGGUGUUUUGGUUUUAUCUGGGUACUGUGGUAUACUCUUCUGUCAGCAUGUAAUGGAGUAUAUAGUAACUAAGUAAAUAAGUCUAAUAAGUACACUUAAUAUAGUGAAUAGUAAAAAAGCUGCACAUUGUUCAUUAUGUAACUUUGAAUUGAAGUGUUUUAAAUAAUAAACUUCCUCCUUUUUUCAUAA